UGUUUUUCGAAGUGGCGGCUGGCCUGACCGCAGUCUUUUUCAUCGACCCCCCUCCUCUCAUCUUCAACGCGGAAGUAACUUCACGAGUCAUCAUGUCUGCGCCUGGCUGCUCCUACAAACCCGUGAGCCAUGUCAUCUUCGACAUGGAUGGACUAUUAUUAGACACCGAGCGACUGUACACCGUGUCCUUCCAGGAGGUCUGUGAUCGCUUCGGAAAGCAGUACACCUGGGACCUGAAGGCCUCCGUCAUGGGCACGAAGGCUCUGGACGGAGCCCGGAUGAUCCGGGACGCUCUGGAGCUCCCCAUGACGGCCGAGGACCUGCUGGCUGAAACCAGACUCAUCCAGGACCGGAUCUUCCCCUCGGCCAACCUCCUGCCAGGUGUGGAGAAGCUGGUGCUCCACCUCCAGAAGCACAGCAUCCCCGUCGCCGUGGCCACCAGCUCGGCCGGCGCCACCUUCACAAUGAAGACGAGCCGACACGGAGACUUCUUCGGCCGCUUCGACCACAUCGUCCUGGGCGACGACCCCGAGGUCAAGAACAGCAAACCGGAGCCCGACUCCUUCCUGGUCUGCGCCCGCAGGUUCAGCCCCCCGGCCGCUCCAGAGAAGUGCUUGGUGUUUGAAGACGCUCCCAACGGCGUGAAGGGGGCGCUGGCUGCCGGGAUGCAGGUGGUGAUGGUCCCCGACGACCACCUGGCCCCCGGCCUCACCCAGGAGGCCACACUGAGGCUCAGGAGCAUGGAGGCCUUUGAGCCACAGCUGUUUGGCCUGCCAGCCUUCGACUGAGCCACAUCCAUCUGGACACGACUGAGCCACAUCCACCUCUGUCUCUGUCUGUGGAGACCAAUUCUAUAGUUAAUAUAUAUAUAUUAUAUAAUCUAGAUAUAAAUAAUAUAUAUUAUAUAA